GUAAACGUAGGCGCUUUUUUCGAGUUUCCGCGCGUGGUUUGCCAAUGCUAAAAUUUAGCAUCGCUAAUCCUACAGAUGAUUUCGAAAUAGUAACGAAGGUCUCGAAAUCCUCACGUAAAAGACCUAAACCUGUAGACGGAAUUUCGAAGGUCAAGGAGAAAAAAUGCCCUAAAAAGACUGGCGAUAAUGAUCAAAUUUUGAUUCCUGCAUGGAAUGAUGACGAUGACAUUUCUUUACAAACAAAUCCUCGGCCCCCACGUGCUUUGGAUGUGCUUGCAAAAGUGGAGACAGUUGAUGACUUGAAAAUAGUUGACUCAGAUGAUGAAGGAACCUAUGUUUUCGCCAGAAAAUCUGCUGCAUUCGAUAAAAGGAGCUUGAAAACACUUCCUCAAGGAAAUGAAAUAGGCGUUAGGAGACUUGGUGAUGUCAAUCGCGAGAGGAGGUCGAUGGCUCCACUUGUAGCAACUGAGUUUAAUACUCACUACCGUAUGCUAUUAACUGCAAGCGUGGAUAGUACUAUGGCUUUUUUCAAGGUUGAUGGCUCGGAAAAUGCGCUACUGCGUGAUCGUGUAUAUGAAAACUUUUCUCUUUCCUCAGCUAAGUUCACAGCUCAUGGCGACAAGGUUGUUUUUACUGGAAAUGUUGGCUCUUUUCGUAUCUACAAUUUAGAAACUGGAAGUGAAAGCCGUGCAAGACGAUUUAUUGGUUCACCGAUAGAUGAAACAAUUACUAAAUGUUUUGUUUCACCAGCUGAUCCAAAUUUAGUAGCUCUUGGAACAAAUGGAAGUGCUGUGUAUCUGGCCGACUUACGAAGCUUAGAAAAAAUUUCAGUUAUGCGAGCAAGCGGUUUAACCAAUUCCGUUUGUUUUACUCAAGAAGGAACAGUUUUAAAUACUUACGGAGCUGAAGGUUCUGUGUAUGUAUUUGAUCUACGAGUUAAUAAAGCUAGAAUUAUUCAUCGUUGGUUUGAUCAAGCCAGUACAAAUGGUUUAUCUAUCGCUUCGUCAGCUAAUUCACAAUGGAUUGCUUGUGGAGCUGACAGUGGUUAUGUGAAUGUCUAUAAAUGGUCAUCUACAAUGAAUACAGACAAUCCACUGCCUGAUAAAGCUAUUGGUAAUUUAGUUACCGGUGUUAAUUCAUUGUGUUUCCAUCCGUCUAAUGAAAUUCUCUGUUUGGCUUCAUCACAACGUCCGGAUGCUGUUCGACUUUAUAAUUUAAACGAAGGUAUAGUUUUUGAGAACUUUCCUGCUCGUGUUGGUACUUUAAACAAACCCACAUCAGUUGCAUUUAGUCCAGGUGGGCGAUUUCUAUGCGUCGGACAGUGUAAUGGUCGUGCUGCACUUUAUGCUUUGAAUCAUUACAGCGAUUAUUGACCUGAAUCAUUCACGAUUGUACAUAGGUACUUUUUAUUUGAUUAUAUUCUCAAGAUUUGUGUAUACACUUAAUCAUUUGAAAUAAAAUUAACUUCACUGAUUA